AUGCCGCUGGUGAAGCGCACCAUCGAGCCCCGGCACCUGUGUCACACAGUGCUGCCCAGAAACAUCAAGAAUGAGCUGGAGUGUGUGACCAACGUGUCCCUGGCCAACGUCAUCCGCCAGCUCAGCAGCCUCAGUAAAUAUGCAGAGGAUUUGUUUGGAGAGCUCUUUAACGAGGCCCACUCCUUCUCGUUCCGGGUCAACUCCCUGCAGGAGCGCGUGGACCGCCUCUCCAUCAGCGUCACGCAGCUGGACCCCAAAGAAGAAGAAUUGUCGCUUCAGGACAUCACCAUGAGGAAGGCGUUCCGGAGCUCCACCAUCCAGGACCAGCAGCUGUUCGAGCGCACGUCGCUGCCCAUCCCCAUGGAGGAGACGUACGAGACCUGUGAAGAGCCCCCGCCCCUCCAUAUCCUCACCCCCUACAGGGACGAUGGUAAAGAUAGUCUCAAGUUUUACACCAACCCCUCGUACUUUUUUGACCUGUGGAGAGAGAAGAUGCUUCAGGACACAGAGGAUAAGAGGAAAGAGCGACGAAAACAAAAGCCGGAUCUGCCUUAUCUCAUGUGUCCCAAAGGCUUUCCGUCAGACUCCCGUACUGCACAUUUCCUCUGGUCCUCGGAGGUAAGACCGUACGUGUCCCUGCGGUCUGCUGCCUCUGCGUCCUCACUAACCUAUAACUUAUGA